AUUUCAUAUUAUAAUCAACCGAUUUGACUAAAUUAUUUCACACCAUAACCAACUGAUUUGACAGAUUUAUCAAUAUCUUCCCUUUAAGGAAAAAAGAUAUCCUAAAAUUCAAACCAAACAAGUACAAUUGUACAAAUGUUAUUCUAGUGGGGUCUAAACAAUAAAAAAUUGCAUUAAAUUAAAUCUUACAAUAUCUCAUAUUUCCAUCUUAAUUUAGUGUUAUUAGCAUAUCCAAACACAAUAUUUUAAUUCUAAAAAAAAAAAAAAAAAAAAAAAAAAAAAAAAUCAACCCAAAAAAAUACUUGCUGGUUUUCUCUACCGUUUCGAGUCCACCCAAGAUGGCCCCUGGUUUUCUAUAUCCUUCCCUCUGUUUAUAUAAUCACUUCAGUUUCUCUUUUACUUUUCAUUCAAUUCAAUCCAACUCAAAAACGUUGAUCUCAAUUUCCCAUUCCAAUUUACUCCCAAAGAAUUGACAGAUCUACUGUUUACAAUACGUAUUUUUCCUGUGUUCUUCCUACUGCAAAUUCUGCACACCAGGUGUUUGUUAAAAUUCCUCAAAGAACUCCAAAACCCUUCUUCAGAUGAAAAUGGAUGCUGGGUUGGUUGAACAUAGAAGGGAGAUUAAUGGGGUUGUUAAUGGUAAGGUUGUUAAGAAGAAAAAAGUGAGAAGGAGAUCAUCUUCUUCUUCAAGUACUACUACCAUGAAGAAGGAAUUGCCUUUUUUCACUUUGCAACAACUUUAUAGUUUUUGCAAAAAUGUUUUCAAAGGUCCUGGGAUUGUUCCUCCUCCUCAAGAUGUUCAAAAUCUCUGCAACAUACUGGAUUGCCUGGUACCUGAAGAUUUUGGACUGAGUAGAGAUCUCCCAUUUUUCAAGACUGAAAGUUGUGUCAAGGGAAACCCAAGAGUCACAUACACCACAGUCUACAAGUGUCGGGAUUUUUCAUUGGUGCUUUUCUUUCUUCCAGCAUCAGCUGUCAUCCCUCUUCACAAUCAUCCAGAAAUGACAGUUUUCAACAAACUACUGUUAGGUAAAAUGCACAUCAAAGCAUAUGACUGGGAUGAUUCAGUAGACGUGGAUUGUAGCAAAAAAUCUUCAUCAAGGAGGUUGGCAAAAUUAAAAGCUGACAGUGUCUUUACAUCUCCAUGUAGCACAUCAGUCCUCUAUCCUACCACAGGGGGCAAUAUCCAUGAGUUCACUGCCCUAACACCAUGUGCUGUUCUUGAUGUCCUUGGACCGCCUUACUCAAAAGAAGAUGGCCGUGACUGUACAUAUUACAAAGAAGUUAUGUCAGCAUCUUCAGAUGAAACUUUAGCUGAGGUGAAAGAAGGUGAGCAGUCAUUCAGAUGGUUGGAAGAGAUUGAGAUGCCAGAAAACUCAGAGAUGGACGGAAUAGAGUAUUUAGGUCCAAAGAUCAUUUAGAUUGCCAGCUAACUGGGUGUCUUACACCCACGUUUCUGUAGUUGCUUUCUUUUCUUAGCUUAUGGAUCCUUUCUCCCCCACCUUCCUGUAACCGUUCUGUUCUUUUCUUCGCUUUUGGGGAAAUUGGAUCUGGUUAUCAUUUGAACCACAGGUUAUAAUUUGGUAACAUUGCAUUGUACAUACUUUAUCAAAAGAACUAGUGCUGCUUUUUAGUAUACCUUUACCUUUA